UCAGUUGGGGGCUAUACAUUGAUUUGGUUUUUUGCAUAGUAACGUUAUUCGCUAUGAUUAAAAUCGCAGUAGUCUUUUUUUUUUUGACGACAGUCUAUUGUGGAAACGUGAAGCGACAGGUUGAACUGGACGAUAGAAACCCAUUUAUCAAUUACAGAAACGAAGAUAGGGAUGAACAAAUAGGUGAGAGAGAAUGGCAGAGAAGACGUGAAAUAGAAAGGAGAAAUCAAAGACAAAGGGCGAGAGACCAACAGGAUCAACAAAGGUAUAUAAUUGAAUGGAUAGAAGGAAAUUACGAAGAAAAUGAACAGCAGAGGUAUGAGUGGGAGAAACAGCAGCAGUUAUUGAGAGAAAGAGCAGAGGAAGAAGAAUACGAGCGACAGUACCAGCUAGGAAGGAACGUACAACCUUACUGGACGCCCUAUGACUCCCGAGUUGUCUACCCUUGGACGUACCCGAUAUAUGUGUGAUACAUGUUAUACCUACUACUGGCCUAAGGAAAAUUUAGAAUAAAAUAAAAUAUUUAUUAAAUAUAGAUAAAAAUA